AUGCCUGUUUUUACUUCUGAUCUUGGUUCAAAUGUUGAUGACGCUUUUAUAACUGCUGUCGAUAUAGUGUGGGCUAAUGUUCAUCCUUUUUUUGCUGGUAUUAAUGUAAGCACUUCUGCUUCUUGGACUUUUAAAUUUUUUGAUGAAUUUGUUUUUACUCCUGCAAAGACUGCUGGUAAAGAUGCUAUUAUAUCUGAAGUUGGUUGGCCAACUGCUGGCGCUUCUCAAGGUUUUGCUGAUCCUACUGUUUCUAAUUUACAAACUUUUUUAAAUACUUUUAUUUGUUCUUCUAAUUCAAAAGGCCUUAAAUAUUAUUUCUUUGAAACUUUUGAUACUCCUUGGAAAUCUGCAAAAUGGACUACUUUAGAAGGAAGUUGGGGUUUAUUUCAUCCUAAUAGAUCUAUAAAACUUCCUAUUAUUCUUCCUGAUUGUGUUUUUUAA